ACUUGUUCUUGGCGGUAGCCAUAUUGAUUUGUUCCUCCUGUUGUGUGUGAUCUAUCCAGCCAGGAUAGAAUAACGUUGAUUUGUUGUGAUUGAUUUGAUCAAUUGAACAAUUAUUGGUUGGAUAGCUGAGUGGUUAUAUUUGUUUAGAACCGCUAUCUUACCCAAUUACUUUGUUUUGGUUUCAAUCGGGCGAGGGCGCGUAUCUAACUCAUCCAGACAGCUGUCCAGCAGUCCAAACGUAGUUUGGAUCUUACAGUUCUAAACAAAUAUUUGGUCGAAUUCGUUUGGCUUUCGUUUCGUUGAUUCCAAUCAUCGUCUCUGGGAAUAUCUGGUCGUUCGCUUGCGAUGCCAAACAAUCGUCGAAGGAAAUUAAGUCCAAGGCUCGUGGAUGUUAAAAGAGAUGAACAAAAGGAUGGAUCCCCUCAAACAAGGCAAGUGCCUUCUGAUGCUUCUAUGUGUCAUGGUUCAUAUUCUAAUAGGGACGAUUGUAAUUAUAGUGAAUCUAGUUGUGAUAUAAUGGCAGAUGGCAUAGAAAACCUUGAUUUAGACGUGAAGCAAGCAAAAGGCGUAAGGCCUACGGCGUUUUUCAUAGGUCCAGAGUUACCAAAGGUUGAGUUAAGUUAUUUCGACGGUCAACCAAGAGGUUACUGGAAGUUUUUAAGGGAGUUUGAGACCUAUGUGGAAUCAAGGGUCAAGGAUGAUGGUCAACGCUUGCUUUAUUUGAUACAUUAUUGUAAGGGUAAAGCGAAAACAGCCAUUGAGGGUUGUGUUAUGUUGGAAGCCUCUUUUGGUUACAAGAAGGCCAAGGAAAUUCUAAAACGUUUGUUCGGACAGGCGCAUGUAAUCGCUCGGGAGACUUUAGAGGACUUAUUCAAAACUACAAAUGUUGAUUACAGUGAUCCUGAGCAACUAACAAAUCUAGCUAUUAGGAUGGAAAAUUGUUCUAUGGUUUUGAAACAGAUGAAGUAUACUGCCGACUUAAAUUCUCUAAUUACCUUAGAGAGAAUAGUAGGACUCUUACCUCAAGUUAUGCAAGCCCAGUGGGCGGACUGGGUGGAUGAAUUGACUGAAGAUAAUAGAGAACCAACCUUUGACGAGCUUACUCAAUUUAUAGCAUCCCGCGCGAGAGUAGCUAAUAGUAGGUUUGGACGGUUAGCGAAUCGUCCGAGAAAGGGACACAACUUAAAGACAAAUUGUCACUUGCAAUUGGAGCGGGAGAAUAAUUCGAAAGAGAAAGCUAAAUGCAGUGUGUGUUCCCUGGAUCAUGCUAUUUAUAAAUGUCCAAAAUUUUUAGCGCUUACCGUUCAAGAGAGAUGGUCUCACGCGAAGGUUAAUGGCAUCUGUUUUGUCUGCCUUAGGCAAGGGCAUAAAGUUAAUGAAUGUAAGCUGGCAAAACGUUGUAACGUUAAUAGUUGUGAGAAGAAACACCAUUCUUUGCUGCACAGCGAAAAUGAUAAACCUGGUAUCCCGAAUUGUUGUGGAUUUACUAAAUCCCUAAGUAGCCAAGUGUGCUUAGGAAUGAUUCCUGUACGUUUGAUGUUGGGAAAUGCCGAAAUGGUGGGUUAUGCUUUGUUGGAUAACGGGUCUGAUGUAACGUUGAUAAAAUCGAGCUGUUUGAGGUAUCUCGGGUUGAAGGAAGACCGAGCGUCAGUGGUAGUAGAGACUGUGAGUGGUAAUAGGACAAUGACGGUCACAAAGACUCCUUUUGAGGUGUAUUCUCUAGAUCGGUCUGAACAUGUUACGAUCGAAGGGGCUCUGAUUGUCGCAGAUAUACCAGGUCACAAGCCAACAAGGUCGGCAGUGAACAACUUAGUUAAAUGGCCACAUUUAAGGGAUGUACCAAUAGGCAACCUAGACUCUGAAGAAGUUCUGCUGUUGAUUGGUUGCGAUGUACCAGAGGCACACUGGGUGUUAGAACAGCGGUUGGGUGGAAGAAAAGGCCCGUACGCUGUGAAGACGUUGUUGGGGUGGACGGUCUUCGGACCUGCGUCAUAUCCGGAAUACAGGAAAAGAGUUGUCAAUCAUACCAGUAAGAUACAGGCUUUGGAGAACGAAAUACGUAAACUUUAUGAUGUAGAGUUUUCUGAUGUUUAUUCAAAUGAUAAAUCAGUAUCAAUAGAAGAUAAGGCAGCUAUAAGUAUUGUAGAAGGGGGCACACGCUUCGAAAAUGGUCAUUUUGUAGUCCCUAUACCAUGGAAGGGGAACCCAGAUAUGAAAGGGGGGAAUUAUGAAGUGGCAAACAGUAGACUACAGAGUUUGAAGCGAAGAUUGUUGAAAGAUGACAUUCUGUAUAUCAAGUAUACAAAAGGUAUUGAAAGUAAUUUUAUUAAGGGCUAUGCGGAGAAGGUCCCUGAGAUACAAGUGCAACCUAGUUAUCGCCCUCGAUGGUAUUUACCUCACCAUGCAGUUUUAAACCCGAAAAAACCAGAAAAACUGAGAGUGGUCUUUGACUGUGCCGCCAAGUUUGCAGGCGUUUCUCUAAAUGAUAUGAUUUAUCAAGGACCCGACACAACUGCGGAGUUAGUGUGUAUACUAUUGCGUUUUCGCAAGGAAGCAGUCGCAAUCUCUGCGGAUGUUGAAGAAAUGUUCAUGCAAGUAAAGGUCCCUGAGUCUGAUCGAGGAGCUUUAAGAUUUCUGUGGUGGCAAGAGGGAGACAUGGCGAGGGAACCAUCCGAGUUUCAAAUGACAUCUCACCCAUUUGGUGCCACAUCAUCGCCGUUUUGUGCGAACUUUGCCUUGAAUAAGACGGCACAAAUAUUCUCUGACGGUUAUGAUGGUUAUGUCGUAGAUGCUGUUAAGAAUAAUUUCUAUGUUGAUGACUGCUUGGUAUCCUUUCCCACUUGUGAUCAAGCAAAGAGUUUCGUUAAGCAGAUAAGUGAAUUAUUAUGUAGGGGAGGUUUUAAACUAAAGAAAUGGGUUACUAACUCGGAGGAGGUAAGGACCAUCUUGCCCGAUGUAUGUAAAGAACAGUCCUUGAUAGAAAUGUCAACGAGUUAUGACACUACACAUCGAACUCUAGGAGUAGAGUGGGAUUUUAGACGAGAUGUAUUCAAGUUUUACUUCGAUGCGCCUGAAAGGCCUCUGACUAGGAGAGGGAUUCUAUCUAUAGUUUCUUCUCUGUUCGAUCCUUUGGGUUUAAUUGCUCCAGUCUGUCUUACUGCCAAGGUUCUCUUGCAAAAACUAUGUAAGUCUCAAUUAGGCUGGGAUCAGCCUCUCAACGAGCCAUACAUGUCGGCGUGGCUAAAUUGGGUAGACUUUAUGCGUCAAAUAGGUCAUGUUACGGUAGAUAGGGGUAUCAAGAAGAGAAUUGACGAACCCGACGCGGAAGUAGAAUUGCACCUGUUCAGUGACGCUUCAGAGAUCGGUUACGGAGCAGUCGCGUACGCUCGAGUCAGUUAUUUGAAGGAACAACCCUACUGUAUUUUGUUAUACAGCAAGUCUAGGGUAGCACCUAUCAAACAGGUCACUAUACCGAGGCUUGAGAUGGCAGCGGCAGUGUUAAGUGUGAGGCUUAGCGAAGUCUUACAGAGAAGUCUGCCUAAUUUUUUCUGUAAGGUAAAUUUCCAUACAGAUUCCAUGGUAGUGUUGUACUACAUCAAGAAUAUCGAGAAUCGCUAUAGCACCUAUAUAGCUAACCGUCUCGCCAUUGUGCAUCAGUAUACGAAGAUUGAACAAUGGAGUUAUGUAAAGUCGUCACAGAAUCCAGCUGACUGGACCUCGAGAGGUAUACAAAAAAUGUCAGAUCUUGAGCUUUGGUUCAAAUGUCCUACCUUACUGCAUGGCGAAUUUUGUACAGCAAUCACUGACUGUCCGGAACCUACUCCUGACGAUAUUGAGUUUAGAAAAACUGCCGUGGUUAACUUGAGUAGUAUAAAGUACAACAUGUCACCUAUUCUCGCUUAUUAUUCUGAGUGGUUGAAAUUAGUCAGGGCCGUAGCCUGGCUUAGAAGGUUCAUAGAAUUUCUGAUGGUGCUUCGUUCACCGAGUCAUGAAGGAUCCGUUCAUCUAGGGUGUUUAAAGGUCAAAGAACUUGACGUCGCCAAGCGUAAAAUUUUGUUGAUGGUUCAAAAAGAAGUGUAUGGAGAAAUACUUAGUGGAUUUAAAACCAAUGGUAAGGUAGUUAGUCACAAUGAUCUGAAGGGCUUAUCACCGAUAAUGCUUGAUGGGUUACUCUGUGUUGGAGGCCGACUAAGCUACUCAGAUUUCUCAAAUGCCUUUAAACAUCCAAUAAUAUUGCCCAGUCGACACUUAGUGACAGAAAUGAUAAUUAGACAUUAUCAUAAGGAACAAGGGCACACAGGAACGUCACAAGUACUGGCCACGAUUCGAAAAAGGUAUUGGAUAAUAAAAGGAACCAGCACGGUUAAGAGAGUGAUAGGAAAGUGUGUGACAUGCCGGCGGUAUACGAUGGUUACAGGGCAACAAUUGAUGGCACCACUUCCAGCUUGUAGAGUGCAACAAGGAUGGUAUAGCUUCUCAGCCGUGGGAGUAGACUACUUUGGACCCCUUUUUGUCAAAAGAGGAAGAUCACUAGAAAAAAGAUAUGGAUGUGUAUUUACUUGCUUGCAAACCCGAGCAGUACAUAUUGAAAUGACACAUAGUUUGAAUACUGAUUCGUUUAUAAUGGCCUUGCUACGUUUCAUUGGAAGAAGAGGGAAACCUGCAGAAAUUUACAGUGACAAUGGGUCGAAUUUCGUGGGUGCGGUCUCUGAACUAAAGAGAUUUGUGCAACAGUUGAAUCAGCAAAGGAUAGACAAGGAACUGUCAGCUAGACAGAUUCAGUGGCAUUUUAACCCGCCCUCAUCCAGCCACAGGGGUGGGGUCUGGGAAAGGAUGAUUAGGUCUAUACGCAGACUGUUAUUGUUGAUAACUAGAGAACAGACUUUAACUGAUGAGACCUUAAGCACUUAUUUGAUUGAAGUUGAAAGGAUAUUGAACGAUCGACCCUUAACUCCAGUCGUCCAAGAUGCUAACGAUCAACUAGCCUUGUCGCCAAACAGCCUGUUAUUAUUGAGAGAAUGUGACGGAAUAGUCGAAGAAGGUAGCAUCAGAGAUAAAUAUGACAAACGAUGGAAACAGGUUAAUCAUCUUGCUAAUGUGUUUUGGAAAAGGUGGUUAAGAGAGUAUUUACCGUCUUUACAGAAGCGUCAAAAGUGGUUAGUUGAACACCGCAAUUUUCAGAAAGGUGAUGUAGUGAUCGUGGCUUCGGACAUAUCGACCCGUGGAAAGUGGCCCUUAGGAGUAGUUGAAGAUUGUAAAAUAGAUGACGACGGAAGAGUUAGAACAGUGGUUGUUCGUACGAACGGUGGAUUAGUCAGAAGAGAUAUACGUAGAUUAUGCCUCCUGGAAGGCUCGAAUUAGUUCCUCGUGUUAUCAAUAUAGGUAGGUCGAGUAGGCGUACUGUUGUAAGUCCUACUCGUUCCUAUAGUGUGAUAUGCUACAUAAUGAACCAUGACCAUAGGCAUCAAGGUAGCUUGUGUGAUAUGGAGGGAUUUUGGGGGCCGGUGUAAGAUCCAUUUUGAAUGUUUUGUGUGUUUGUGAAAAUCCCUCCAUGUAUUUACUUGCACUUUGUUCCUAUUGAUCCUCUUAGUUGUACAUUGUCGUAUUUUGAUUACAUUUGAGUUGUUAAUACUUGUAUUUUUUAUUAUAGUUUUUGUUUUUCUUACGCAUUCACUAAGUUUGUGUUUCUUCCUGAACUGCAUCUGUGUUGUUUUACUUGACACUUGUUCUUGGCGGUAGCCAUAUUGAUUUGUUCCUCCUGUUGUGUGUGAUCUAUCCAGCCAGGAUAGAAUAACGUUGAUUUGUUGUGAUUGGUAAAUUUCUUGCAUCCUUUAUCAACUUUCUUAUUUAUUGUAAUUUAGAUUUGAUCAAUUGAACAAUUAUUGGUUGGAUAGCUGAGUGGUUAUAUUUGUUUAGAACCGCUAUCUUACCCAAUUACUUUGUUUUGGUUUCAAUCGGGCGAGGGCGCGUAUCUAACUCAUCCAGACAGCUGUCCAGCAGUCCAAACGUAGUUUGGAUCUUACAGUUCUAAACAAAUAUUUGGUCGAAUUCGUUUGGCUUUCGUUUCGUUGAUUCCAAUCAUCGUCUCUGGGAAUAUCUGGUCGUUCGCUUGCGAUGCCAAACAAUCGUCGAAGGAAAUUAAGUCCAAGGCUCGUGGAUGUUAAAAGAGAUGAACAAAAGGAUGGAUCCUCUCAAACUAGGCAAGUGCCUUCUGAUGCUUCUAUGUGUCAUGGUUCAUAUUCUAAUAGGGACGAUUGUAAUUAUAGUGAAUCUAGUUGUGAUAUAAUGGCAGAUGGCAUAGAAAACCUUGAUUUAGACGUGAAGCAAGCAAAAGGCGUAAGGCCUACGGCGUUUUUCAUAGGUCCAGAGUUACCAAAGGUUGAGUUAAGUUAUUUCGACGGUCAACCAAGAGGUUACUGGAAGUUUUUAAGGGAGUUUGAGACCUAUGUGGAAUCAAGGGUCAAGGAUGAUGGUCAACGCUUGCUUUAUUUGAUACAUUAUUGUAAGGGUAAAGCGAAAACAGCCAUUGAGGGUUGUGUUAUGUUGGAAGCCUCUUUUGGUUACAAGAAGGCCAAGGAAAUUCUAAAACGUUUGUUCGGACAGGCGCAUGUAAUCGCUCGGGAGACUUUAGAGGACUUAUUCAAAACUACAAAUGUUGAUUACAGUGAUCCUGAGCAACUAACAAAUUUAGCUAUUAGGAUGGAAAAUUGUUCUAUGGUUUUGAAACAGAUGAAGUAUACUGCCGACUUAAAUUCUCUAAUUACCUUAGAGAGAAUAGUAGGACUCUUACCUCAAGUUAUGCAAGCCCAGUGGGCGGACUGGGUGGAUGAAUUGACUGAAGAUAAUAGAGAACCAACCUUUGACGAGCUUACUCAAUUUAUAGCAUCCCGCGCGAGAGUAGCUAAUAGUAGGUUUGGACGGUUAGCGAAUCGUCCGAGAAAGGGACACAACUUAAAGACAAAUUGUCACUUGCAAUUGGAGCGGGAGAAUAAUUCGAAAGAGAAAGCUAAAUGCAGUGUGUGUUCCCUGGAUCAUGCUAUUUAUAAAUGUCCAAAAUUUUUAGCGCUUACCGUUCAAGAGAGAUGGUCUCACGCGAAGGUUAAUGGCAUCUGUUUUGUCUGCCUUAGGCAAGGGCAUAAAGUUAAUGAAUGUAAGCUGGCAAAACGUUGUAACGUUAAUAGUUGUGAGAAGAAACACCAUUCUUUGCUGCACAGCGAAAAUGAUAAACCUGGUACCCCGAAUUGUUGUGGAUUUACUAAAUCCCUAAGUAGCCAAGUGUGCUUAGGAAUGAUUCCUGUACGUUUGAUGUUGGGAAAUGCCGAAAUGGUGGGUUAUGCUUUGUUGGAUAACGGGUCUGAUGUAACGUUGAUAAAAUCGAGCUGUUUGAGGUAUCUCGGGUUGAAGGAAGACCGAGCGUCAGUGGUAGUAGAGACUGUGAGUGGUAAUAGGACAAUGACGGUCACAAAGACUCCUUUUGAGGUGUAUUCUCUA